CAGGGCCCGGGCCUGCGUGCUCAGCACGUGUCUGCCACGGGCUCCCCGGGGGCCAUGCUGACCGGGACGGACGCUUGCAUGCCCUGGGGUCCUUCUUCACGAGGGGGCUUUUAUGUGGUGAACGUGUUCUGUGAUGGAGGGUGUUGGCGGCGGCUUGUGAAGCGCCCCACUACCAUUUUGGUGCUGAGAUGCGGUGACUCCCUGCCUGUUGGCAAUCAUUGGUGUCCCCCAGAAUGGACCGGGGUGGCCUCCUGCCCUUCCAGCUUUGGUGCCCCCGGCCCUUUGGCACCUACUCCCAGAACCAGCCACGCCCGCCUUCCACGGUCCUCAAGCCGCCAGCCUGCCCUGAUCCAGGCAGCGGGGCCGAGCCUGACCAUGGGCCCGUGCCCUCGGAGAACAGGCCACCCGCCUUGGCCUCCGAGGCCCCUCCCUCCCCACAUGCUCCACUCCUCUCCGCAGCUGCUGCUGCUGGCGAUGAGGGUCGAGUCCUGCUGGACACGUGGUACGUUAUCAAGCCUGGAAACACAAAGGAGAAGGUGGCCUUCUUCGUGGCCCACCAGUGUGGCGGAGGGAGCCGGGCCAGCUCCAUGAAGGUCAAGGGGCACUGGGGCAGUGACAGCUCCAAGGCCAAGAGGAGGAGGCGCUGCUUGGAGCCCACUAAGGCCCCUCCAGACCCGGGGGGCCGGGAAAGCGCCCCUACUGCCGACGGGGCCCCCACCUCGGCCGGGGAGGAUGUGGACCUACUCUCUGUGGCCGAAAUGGUGGCCCUGGUAGAACAGAGGGCCGCUCUGGCCUUGCAGAACUACCCACGCCCCACCACCCAGGCCCCAAUGGUCUUUGUAUCAGCUGAGCAGACGGGGCCCACCAAAGGGCUGGGGUCAGAGCGGAGAACCGUUGGAGGAGACUGCAGUCGUGUGGCCGAGGCAGUGGCCCACUUUGAGGCCCAGCGGGACAGUCCUCCCACCAAGGGCCUCCGCAAGGAGGAGCGGCCAGGUCCCGGGCCUGGCGAGGUGCGCAUUGCCUUCCGCAUCUCCAAUGGCCGGGAGCCUCGCGCAUCAGAUGGCACCCUCCCCAGCGGGGGUGGGGGCCGGCCCGGUUGCCCUUACCCUGGUAGCCCAGGGCCUGGAGCUCGAGCCAAGGACAAGAUCACCUGCGACCUGUACCAGCUCAUCAGCCCCUCUCGGGACGCCCUGCCCAGCAACGUGGAGUUCCUGCUGGCCAGGGCGGAUGAAGCCAGUGAGGGUGAGAGCGCAGCACCCGCCAGGCCUGAGGACGCCCCGCCGGCGCCCCCUCCACCCCCGGCCCGUGACUGUGGUGCGUCAGGGUUCCACGUGGACGUGGUGGUCACUGGUGUGGUGGACGAGUGCAUCUUCUUCGGCAAGGACGGCACCAAGAACGUGAAGGAGGAGACCGUGUGCCUCACGGUCAGCCCCGAGGAGCCGCCGCCGCCGGGCCAGCUCUUCUUCCUGCAAUCCCGUGGGCCAGAUGGGCCCCCCGAGCCACCCCCAGCCGAUGCACCCACCCCAGUGCCGGCGCCAGACGAUGCAGAGGGGACCGCAGACACUUCCCUUUGCCGCCUGUACCGGCACGUGUCCCAUGACUUCCUGGAGAUCCGCUUCAAGAUCCAGCGGCUGCUGGAGCCGCGGCAGUACAUGCUGCUGCUGCCCGAGCACGUCCUGGUCAAGAUCUUCAGCUUCCUGCCCACGCGGGCCCUGGCAGCCCUCAAGUGCACCUGCCACCACUUCAAGGGCAUCAUCGAGGCGUUCGGCGUGCGGGCCACAGACUCGCGGUGGAGCCGGGACCCGCUCUAUCGCGAUGACCCUUGCAAGCAGUGCCGCAAGAGGUACGAGAAGGGCGACGUGUCCCUCUGCCGCUGGCACCCCAAGCCCUACCACCACGACCUGCCUUACGGACGCUCCUAUUGGAUGUGCUGCCGCCGAGCCGACCGCGAGACGCCCGGCUGUCGCCUGGGCCUGCACGACAACAACUGGGUGCUGCCGUGCAACGGGGUGGGUGGGAGCCGGGCGGGCCGGGAGGAGGGAAGGUGA